AUGUCCGACAAGCGCUCUCUUAUCGCGGUUAUCGGCGAUGAAGACACAUGCACCGGUAUGCUACUCGCUGGCGUGGGCCAGGUCUCGCCUUCGAGUCAGGAGAAGAACUUCUUCAUGUACCAAGAGGGCAAAACCACCAGGGAAGAAGUCUUAGCGGCCUUUGACAAUUAUACACAGGAAAGGGAAGACAUCGCGAUUUUGCUGAUCAACCAGCACGUUGCUGAAAAAAUCAGAGGCCAGGUAGACAAUUUCACGGCUGCGUUCCCGGCAGUUUUGGAAAUUCCAUCGAAGGAGCAUCCCUACGACCCGGAAAAGGAUUCCAUCUUGAAAAGAGUGCGCAGACUCUUUGGCGAAUAA